CAGUUUCCUAUAUUGGACAAGUGAAGUGUGGUAGCUGCUCACUGACACAAUGGAACAACUUGACAUUUGGGCGCCCAUCUUGGCCAAUCCUCUUCCAAGCCAACGGGCGGAGAUUAAAGUUCACUCAACAUAUGUGGAUUAUGGCACCAUGGACUUUCAAGCACUCUUAGAAGGACCCCAUGAUUUGGACAGAUGGCUGAAAGGGGCAUUCAUUCCUAUUUAUAUAAAGGAGGCGAAUUUAACUCAUGAGGCAAGAUUUUCGCACAUCCAGAAGUACAAACUUGCAAAACAAAUGAACGUGGAAAAUGGCAUAUGUUUCAUCAUUGCAGAUUGAAUGUAAAUUUUAUUCACCAACUAGUGAUCAUGGCAUGAUAAUACAAACACCUGCCCCACUGAAGGCGUUGCCUGAGAAAGAGGAGGCUCCUGCCACCACGACUCUCAACGGCGGAGGAGGAGAAGAGGGGGAAACGAGAGAGGGGGGAGGGGCCAUGUACCUGCCACCUUGUCACCGAAGAAGCAGGAGGCUUGCGGCCACCGCCACACCUCCGGAGGAGGGGACCUGCAAUCUACUAGAUUACGUACCAAAAAGUGGUUGGAGGCAUGGAAGUCGUGUGAGAAGUGAACGGGAGAGAGGAACAUGGUCGAUAAACAUGGAACAAUGCCAAAAACGUGGGCGCAGAAGAAACAAUGACCAUUGGACAUCUGAAGAGGUGAAAGAACUAGUGGAUGGCAUAUCUGCAUAUGGGGCUAGCCAAUGGGCUAAGUUGAAGAGCAAAAGAUUUCCAAUAUCAGUUCGAACGGCGGAGCAUCUUAAGGAUAAGUGGAGAAACCUAGUGAAAGCCUUCACGGGAAAUGUGAAAAGAAGGACCUCGCCUCGUCUAGAUAAGGAUUGGGUCGAAAAGAUCAAGAGGCUGGCAGCUGAUUACCCUCGAAAAUGAAGCUGCACUCGCGAAUGCUACAAGAAACGUCACAUGGUACUUCUGGUGUAGCAAUGGCCCCGCAACGACAAUUCUGUUGUUUUUCAAGAACUGUGAAGCAUAGGCUGUCAUAUUAAGCGUGUCGAAAGUAGAUUGAACCAUCUGGAUGGAGCAGUUUCUGUCUCCUGCCUAACUGCCCUGUGAAUGGAAAUAGCGCUCGCUCCUUCGACCUGUUGGCUUGCCUGUUUUGCUACAGUAGCUUGACCUUUCAUUACACCAUGCUACAUUCUGCUGGAAGCUUUUGGUCUUAUGAUAUGAAUGGUGAAUGGAUAUGCACAUUUACACACACUGCUUCAAGCAGUCUCACUCACUCCGCUCAAGGAAUAAUGCAGUUGAUAGCUCGAAUCGAGCACCUGUGACACGCCUCGACCCGAAGAAUCAAGGUGCCGCUGCCUCCAAGCAGCAGGUUUAUUCACCACUCUGCCUGUACCUUGAGCGAUCGUGAGGUGCCGGAAUGGCUGCUUGUACCUUAAGGCCAGCCAGCAGGAUGAGUAGUAGCUAGGGUAGUUUCUUUCUUGCUGCUGUAUGGUGUGGUUCGUUGUGGAUCCUUGGAAUAAUUUUGGUUGAUGACGAUAUCCUGUCACUCACUCAGCCGUUCUGAUUGUUUGUACUGAUACUCAAUUGGGUUUCAACCAUUCUGUAAAAAUUGGAGCCAGGAUACGUCCCUCUUGAUCUUCUCUAGGAAGGAUUUCAGUCUGUACCCUUGA